CAGGUUUCGGGUCGGUGGCCUCGAUGACAGCUGCCUCCUCAUCAGGGAGGGCUCUGGGCACACCAUCUGCCCAUGUCCCCCACUCCCACCAGCCAAGGGGAGCCAUGCAGACACUCCUGCUACAAUCUGGUAGAUGCUCAGGGGCUAAUCCCCAAUUUAUCUACAUGGGAUCACCGCCUCAUUGUACACCUGCCCUGCCGCUUCCAACGCCACGCGCCUAGGUGGUUUCCAUGAUCGAAGGUCUGCGGGUGGCUUUUCUGUUUGGAAGGAUAACAUCAGAGGCAUGAAGACCCCCUUGCUGCACAUCCAGGACACAGUUCCAUCCUCCCACAUGCGGGGCCAACUCUGUAGGCGCCAGGCCCUGACCUGUCCUUUCAAAGGCUUGAAUGCAGUUCCCUGGGACCCCGCCACCAGGAGCAGCUUCUCAGGCGGCAGUGGUGAUCCUGGACUGCCCUGGGCUUGGAUGUGCUCACAGCCAAACACCAACCAGACUUGACCCAGGCAGAGCCAGGACCUGGGGGACACACCAGCCCUCAGAACAGCCACCAGGACCAGUCCAUUCGCUCCUGCUCCAGCUGGAACCACUUCUGCAGACCAAUCCUGGGGCAAGCACUUCUACAAGCUGGGUCACAGGCAGGUGGACAGAGGCUGUGCAGGAGGUGGGGCAGAGCUGGUUCCCCUCCUCCAGGUGCAGGACACUGUGGAGUUCCUGGGGGAGGUGAAGGGAUGGGGAGUGGAGGAGGGCACUCACAAGAGAGGAAAGGCCCCCAGGGAGUGCGGGAGCUCCCAGUUCCCAAUGAAGCAGCCCCUCUACCUAUUCCCACCUCUCAUGAAUCCUCGGGCAUCAGGCCAGAAGGGGCCUUAGAGUUAGUCUCCUGGACCAUCCCUGAGCUUUGCAGAUGGGAAGCUGACCUCAGAGUGAUGCAAGGUGGCCCCCAGGUACAGCUGAGCAGUCAGGAUCCAGCACCGUGACAGCAGAAAUAGUGGACACCCUGGCCCCUUGCCAGCCGUAGUCUCUUCACCCAGAAGAUGGAGGUCCCCCGGGGACAUAUUCCCCACCUAGACAGACAGAGGGCCAGAGCAGGGUCUUGUUCCUGUAGUCUGCUGACCACCAGAAGGACCAGGAGGAGGGGCAGCAGGGCACCUGAGGCUCCUCCACAAGCCCCUUACUGCCACCAGGGAGGCAGCACCAGCCCUGUGCCCUCUGGCCAGCUCCCUCUGCAGGGCUUGGAAGCUGGAGCCUCAGUGGGCAGGCAGGUCGCACUGGGUCUGGUGCCCACGUACAGCGGCAGCCCCCGAGGCCAACGUGGGCAGAGACGUCUGGAGCAGAUUGGGCGCAGGCUUCUCGGGGCAGGCACGGCCUCCGGCCAUCCUGAGGAGCAGCGCUGCGGGCCUCAGCUGCAGCCUGUCUGAGGCUGUGGACUCCCAUCCCAGUCCACUACCUGGCCAGGAGCCUCUCCCCACCCUGGGCUGGGUGAGUCCUCCUGGCAGGAGAGGAGUACAUCUGGGUUGGACAGUGUGGUCAGCAGGCGGCAGGGGCCUGGGAGGAGACUCCACAGCACAGGAAGCAGCCAAGCUCUGGGUCUGCCUCGGCCAGACCCUGAACUUUCCUGUCAAGGGUCAGCUGUCCUCCCCCUGGACGCCCACGUCCCCUGGAGCUCACUGGGAACCCAGGAAGCACAGCUGCGGUCCUUGCAGAGGUACCGAGGCUGGCAGCUGCCCCCAGGGAGACUCGCUGAAGGUGCCGAGAGGACUGUAAUCAGGAGCCAUUGAAGAAAAUUAAGUACAAACAACAGGUCCCUAGAGCCAGGCCAGACAGUGUCGGGGCUGCUCAAGGGCCCUGUCUACAGCGGAGGUCCACACCAGACACACAGCGCUGACUCAGCAGGACCAGGCAGCCAUUACCGGCCACUAGCCCUGUCCUGCCCCAUGGCCAUCUGCACCCUGGGCCCCUGAUCAGAAGCAGUUUCCAAGGUGCUCAGGAGUCUUCCUGCCCAGCCGCCAGGUCAUUGCCAGACUUGGGCAGCCCGUGCAGCCCCAGAUCCCUUCCUGCCUCCCAGAGACUCUCCCCAGGAAGAGCCAGCGCCCAGCCACCCCUGCCCCACCCUCCCACUGUCCUCCAAGGGCCCAGGAGCUCUAGGAUCUGCUCUUCCUUAGAUCCCCCAAGUGUUAUGUGCCUAUGGGGACCUCUUCGUGAUGGUCACCUGGUGGAGACUGACCACAGUGCUGUAGGGGCUUGGCUUCUGGUCUGCGCCAGCAGAGAGGUGCCCCAGGGCAUCAUGGCUGUGGCCACUAGGGACAUGAGCUCCCACGAGGGCUGGCCUGAACCCGCCCCCCGCCCGCUGACAAAGGCCUCGGCCCCAGGAUGUCGUCUCUGGUCAGCAAUGGUCACUGCUCUCCGACCUGCCCCUCUGCUCACUUUCUGGUCCCCACACAGGAGGGCAGUGGGUCCUAUGUAUCUACAGACAAAGCUGUGUGUGACCCGAGGGAGGCAGGCAACCACAAGCAGGCCAAGGUUCUACCUCAUCAGUGGAGGCGUCCCCUUCGUCAUCUGUGGGGUCACUGCUGCCACAAACAUCAGGAAUUAUGGGACGGAAGACGAAGACGCAGCCUACUGCUGGAUGGCCUGGGAGCCUAGCCUGGGCGCCUUCUACGGCCCCGCUGCCCUCGUCGUCCUGGUCACCUGUGUGUACUUCCUGGGCACCUACAUCCAGCUGAGACGCCACCCGGAGCGCAGGUACGAGCUCAGAGAGCGCUCGGAGGAGCAGCAGCGGCUGGCGGUGCCCGAGGGGGGCCACCGCCACGGGGCGCAGCCCUGCACCACGCCCGCCUGUGACCCCCUGGCCGCCUCGCAGCUGCAGAAUGAGCACUCCUUCAAGGCCCAGCUGCGGGCGGCGGCCUUCACGCUGUUCCUGUUCAUGGCCACCUGGGCCUUCGGGGCGCUGGCGGUGUCUCAGGGCCACUUCUUGGACAUGGUCUUCAGCUGUCUGUACGGCGCCUUCUGCGUGACACUAGGGCUCUUCGUGCUCAUCCACCACUGUGCCAAGCGGGAGGACGUGUGGCAGUGCUGGUGGUCCUGCUGCCCCUCCCGUGGGGACGUCCCCCAACAGCCCAGCACGCACCCCACGCUCGAGGCCAACGGGGACGUGCUGGGGCACAUGGCCUGCCUGCAGGACUCACCGUGCCCUGGCCAGGCCAGGGGCUUCAGCCACCCAGCACCAGGCCACUGCAAGAUGACCAACCUGCAGGCCGCCCAGGGCCACGCCAGCUGCCUGUCGCCGGCCACCCCCUGCUGUGCCAAGAUGCACUGUGAGCAGCUGAUGGAGGACGAGGCCCACGGUCACCUGCCUGAGGGAGAGGCCUUCCUACACGAGCCCCACCUGCACAGGUGCCUCGAGGGCAGAACUAAGCCCCACUACUUCCACCCCGCCGCCUCGGCCCCACGGGAGUACGCCUACCACGUCCCGUCCAGCCUGGACGGCAGCCCCCACAGCUCCCGCACAGACAGUCCCCCCAGCUCCCUCGAGGGCCCGAUGGGGGUGCACACACUGGCUUGCUGCACCCCAGGCGACCCCUUCCCCAUGGUCAGCCAGCCUGAGGGCAGCGACGCCAGCUCUGCUCUCUAUGGCUGCCCACCACGGCUGCCUCCAGGCCCAGCCCACUUGGAGAUGCUCCGCAGGACACAGUCCCUGCCCUUCGGAAGCCCUGGCCAGAACGGGCUGCUCAAGGGUGACCUCCGAGAAGGCCUGCCGUUCGGCACUGAUGGGACAGGCAACAUCCGGACGGGGCCCUGGAAAAACGAAACCACAGUGUAACUGGGGUGGGAGCCCAUCGGCCUCCCCAGAGCCACCAUGUCCCCAGGAGCUUCAGCACUUACAGGGGCCGUCUGCCAUCUAACAGGGACUGGAGGUCACCAGUGACGGGGCCUUUCAGAUGGGGCUCAGACGCCAUCACCAAGACCCUCUUUGUGAAGACCCCAGUGAGAAGCACUCUGGGCCGCAGCUGCACUGGCCCAGGUGGGCCUGCUGUCCACGAACCGUCACCCACUCUCCAUCUGUAGAGUCCAGUGCCCGGGGCAGCCCAGAAACACAGCACGGGAUUCUAUCCCAGGAGCCGCCCAGACCCCAGGCCGAAACAGCAGGGCGGUGACCAGCAGCCCUCAGCAGGGCCCCUGUGGACAUUCCCAGGUGUUCAGUGAGGGUGUUCUGAGUUCAUUCCAGGGCUGGGGCUGCUGCUUCUCCAGAGCACGCUUAUGCUGGGCACUGUCUGCAGACCCCUCUGCCAUCCUUAUGUCUGUCAGCCACACGUGGGGCACCCACAGGAGCCCCUGCCCACUCCCCGCCUCCAAGCCAGCCCUGCCCUGGAGGUCGCCCACCCUGCAGCCCAAGAACACCUUGGGUGCUGGAAGGUGAGCCCCACUCUGGAGCUGUGGGGAGGAGCAGCUGAUGGCUGCUGGCCUUCACGGGCGGGUCUGGAGGCCGUGCCUCUGGAGGAUGCCCAGAUCCUUCUCGAUGGACACUCAGCUUCCUCCACCAGCCCCUGUCAGGCCUAGGUUCUGCUCCAGUGUGGGCACACACUAGCAAGUUCCCUUGCACAAGGAAGAGGGGCUAACUGGGGGUGAGGUCACCAGACAAAGUUUCUUUUUCUCUUUUGCAUUUCCAUGAACAUCUAAGGACAGACAUUGAUGACGAGGAGUCUGUUCUGGAAGCAAGUGGCCCAUCCCUGGGCAGUGUCCUCCCGAGGCAGGAGCCCAUGGGUCCCACAGCCCUUCCAUUCUUCUUCUCCCCUCCCAGUCUGUGGCACAUGUGCACACACACACACACACACACACACACACACACACACACCAGAACAUGUUGCAUACAUGACCAAGUGCAGACACACAUUCAGUGUGCACAUCACACACAUGCAUGAGAGUGCCUGUACUGUACACAAUGUGAUGUGUGUGCGUGCAGGUACAUGCACAUGCCAUGCACAUGUGCACACAGAGAAUUAGGUGUUUUCCAGCUGCCCCAAGCAUGGGUUUUCACUGCAGCUGUGGGUGUCAGCAGCAGAAUCUGCUGUCUGUGUGCUUCACCCAUGUGCUCUGCUCUGCCAGCUGGGCAGGUGGCUUCAGGGGAGCAGAGCGUUCUCAUGUGCAUCUCAGAGGAGAGGGCAUGGAGAUGUGGAGUGCCUUCAAGCAGCUGCUCUGCAGCAUCGUGGUGGGUAGCCAUCCAGAGGCCGGCACUUGUUAUCUGAGCGAGAACCUGGGACUCAACACUUGGAAACCCCAAGAGAUGCCAUGACCCCCACAGACCUGCACCCAACGUGGACUCCUCCAUGCAGAGAGGCAGCACCGGGCAGCGAGGGCCACCAGGCAGGGUCAGUCCUCGUCACCGUGCACCUUCCCGCCUGCUUCCACAGCGGCACGUGGACCCUGACGGUCUGCACCAAAGCCUACCGUCCUGAAAAUACAGUGUUUGCCAUUGUCUGUCCUGGGUGAGACUGGUCAAUAGCAUCCUGUGUGGUCUCUCGCCCCUGAUGAGAAGGAGGGUCCAGGGGGUCUGAGCCUCAUUCCAUAUGCUCCCCUGGGCCCCUCAGGUCCUUUCUGCCCUUAAUGCCCCUGGCAGAGAGAGAGCACCUCAUCAUUCGACCAAAGAAUUCAGCAUUAAACACAACUGUGCUGCCUUUCA